GUCGUCGUUAUUUCUCGUUCGUUCGUCGUUAAGUGAAAAUGGCAUCUCUGUCGUGUGCUCGUUUAUUAACGAGGAAAGCCGGCUGCCUCAGGAACUCGAUCAGCGGUCGGUUGCGUUGCGCGAGCAGCACGUUUAUUCAGAUACGACACGAGCAGAGGCUGUUGCACUGCACCGCGCGAACCGCACUCGUACCGCAGGUGAAGUACAAUCGUGGAUAUUGUCAAGAUGUUAAAGCGAAACCAAAAUCAAUUAAGGAUAUUGAAGAACGUGUAUUGAAAGCUGUGGCUGCUUAUAAUGAAGGCAUUAUAGAAAAGGGCUUAAGGGACACACGCAUCAAGCAGGUGCGCCACUACAGUCAUAAGGAUCCGCUAACCCUUGACAUUAUCAGUCAGCGGGUGCUCUUGGUUCUGAAACUUUAUGACAAAGUUGAAACCGCGAAGCUGAACUUGGAGUCGCAUUUUAUGGACGAUCUAGGUCUAGAUUCUUUGGACCAUGUGGAAAUUAUAAUGGCGAUGGAAGACGAAUUUGGUUUCGAAAUUCCAGACAUGGAUGCGCAGAGGUUAUUAAAACCCAAGGAUAUAGUGCGUUAUGUCGCAGACAAGGAAGACGUGUACGAAUAACACGUCUUAUAUUAUUCAUAUGUACGUGUUUAGUCAACAUCUGCUGUUGUUUCAACUGGAAAUAACAGAUCAACGUCUUACUUUGCUGCCGCCAUUGUUUUUUCUGUAUAUAGACAAACCAUCAUAAUGUGAAUAAAACUUAAGCGAAUUGUUAGAUGCAA